UUAGAAUGAUGUCAACACACCGAACACAACACAUAACCUAUUGAAUUUAUUCACCUAAUCAUUUUGUUACAAAAGUGUUGCGAAAUAUUAAAUAUUUAAAGAAUACUGCAAAUUAUUAGUGCCGAAUACUUUAAAACAAAAAAAAAAAUGAGCACUUCUAAAGGUAGCAAUGUGAGGAGACGGCCACAGAAACACCAAAACAAAACAGCGUUUAAGAAUGAUUUACACGAUACAAGUCGUAAAACAAAAUUUUUAAACUCCCUAGAAAUAACAGGAGUUUGCAAACGUUGUAAGGAUAUUCUGGAAUGGAAGAUAAAAUAUAAAAAGUAUAAGCCAUUAACAGCACCGAGAAAAUGCGUGGGCUGUGAGCAGAAAACCAUAAAACAUGCCUACCACAUGUUGUGUACUAAGUGCGCUUUAGAGAAAACAUUAUGCGCUAAAUGCUGCAAACCAGUUGAGAAUGAGGAUUCACCAGCUAACGAAGAGACCCAGCAUGUAGAUAUAAAGGCCAUGUUAAAAGAUCUCCCAGAAAGGAAACGCCGGACAAUUAUGAGGUUAAUAAAUAAACAAGAAGAGGGUCAGCAAUUGACUCCAGAAAUAAAAGCACAGAUAGAUGAUAUGUUAUUGAAAAUGGACAAUAUUGCCCUAGAUGAUGAUGAUUUCAAUUUUAGUGGUGAUGAUGAUGAUGAUAAUGAUGAAGAAUAUAACUCAGAUAGUGAACCAGAAAUUAAAUAAAUAAUUAUGUACAUACACUUAAAAUAUUUCUAAAUAAUAAACUUAUUUAAACAGUUUUUGAUGUUUACUUUUUCACAUUACACAUAUAGAAAUAAAAAAAUGCUUGAGUUAAAAUACAUUUAAUUAAAUAUACAUAAUUAAUAUAAUAUUUUAAAAAUAACAAUAAUUUACAAACAACAAAACUAUGGAUUUCCAUAAAAUUUACAUUUGAUUUAUUUUCUAUUUAUUUAUAAAACUUAAUAAAUUGUUAUAAAGAUAAUAAAGCAUCUUCAGGUGACAUUUCAUAUCAAAUAAUGCCAAGUUGUCGCAACUGAAACAAAAUACAAAACAAUGUUAGAUAGCAAGCAAAAAUAAAAGUUUAACAUUCAAUAAUGCAUAUUAGCAAUUGUGUUUUUUUCCACAUGAGGGUGUAAGUUUUAUAAAGAACCGGAUAUGAGGUAGUAGACAUAAAAUGAUUUUUAGCAAAAAAAAACCAUCUUCAAAAUGUAAAUUUAAAAACAAAAAAUAAAUUUACUUUGUUUAAAACAGUACAUAUUUUAAUUUACUUAAAUAGAAAAUAAUAUUUAAUAACUAUUUUAUAAUCUUGAAGUUGGUGCCAUCCUCCUUUUUGGAAGUCGGUUAAAAAGUGUUAAAUACAACUUUAAUCACGUAAAGAUAAUACAAAUUAAAUACUUACGAAUCCUUGUCGUUCUUUUUCCUUUUGCAAAACUUGUUUGGUUUGCAUAUCGUCAAACUUGACUAUGGCUGCUAACACUUUAGCUAAAGUAACGGAAUGUGUUCCAGAACCAGUAAGGUACUCGUAAAGUAUAUUGCGCAAAUAUUCUAGCUCUGUAUUUUCUUGUAAUGCGUGCAAAUGUCUCAGACUAACGAGGGCCUCAUCAAGACGCCUCUCAAGUUUUUCAUUAGACAAUCGUAAUUUCUCAUUCUUUUCCUGAAUUUGUGAAAAGUUACUAUUUACAGAUUUGUUCAUUUGUUCCAAGUCGUUAAGACGCUUCUCCAAAGUGCUGUUAACUUGCAUUAAAUUAUUGUACUUUUCUCUCAGUGAAUUAUCGUUUUCUUGUGGCGAUUUUAUUUCAGGUUUAGGGUAAUUUUGGGACUGCAAUUGAUCCUUUAGUUCCAAAUUUUCCUCAGCCAGCAACAUAUUUUCUCGUAACAGAUCAUCAAUCUUUUCUUUUCUCAAUUGAGCUUCUUUUUUCAAUUCCGAUAAAUCAUUACAAAUGUCACUAUUAUCAGUGGAAUGUUCACUAGUGGCUAUGAGCUCGCGAAGUUUAUCAUUCAAAACACUGUUUUCUUUAGAUAUUUUAGUCAAAUAUGUUUGUAGGCCCUCAAUAUCAGAUUUAAAACGUCUGUUUUCUUCUUUCAAUGCAUCAUAUUCAGUUUUCAAUAAUUUGUACUCAUCGCCGCUAGCCGUAAUUGUUUCUGUAUUGAUAUUUUCUACGCUAGUUGUGUUCAAUUUUCCAAGGUCAAUAGCUUUGACACUUUGUAAUUCUUGUUCAGAUACUGUUUGUGGUAAUAGAUCAUCUGUUUGGCAUUCAUUGUUUUGUGUGCUCUUACAUGAACUAUUUUCCAAUUUUUCUAUGAUUUCAUUCAAAUGAUCUUUUUCUACUUCUAUAUCAGCAUGUGAUUUUCGUACAUCAUUAAUUUCAGUUUCUAGUUUUUUAUAACUGUCAGCUAUACUCUCAACUUGAGUUUUCAAAGAUAUAUUUUCAACUGUUAAAUUUUUGUUAUCCUCUUGUAUUUUACUGAUGUUAGAAAUCUGUGUCUUCAGUUCUUCUGUUUGAACAGUCAGCAUAUUAUUAAUUUCUUUUAAUUUAUUUUUUUCCACUUCCACAUCAGCAUGGGAUUUACGUAGAUCACUGAGUUCCACUUCCAAUUUUUUAUAAGUAUCAGCAGUGGCUUCUACUUGAGUGUUCAAAGAUGUAUUUUCCAGUGUUAAAGCUUUGUUAUCCUCUUGUAACUUACUUAUGCUAGCAAUUUGUUUGUUGAGUUCUUCUAUUUGAACGCUCAACUUAUUAUUCUCAUUCUUUACAGCAUCAAGUUCACUAACUGUAUUAUUGUGCAAAUCUGUGAGGGCAACUAAAUCUUUGCUAGACACAUUACUUUCCUUCAUCAAAGAAUCCAGUUUCUCCACUAAUAUCUUGUUCUCAUUUUCCAAUAAUUUUAGUUUUUCAUUAGUAUCGUGAUACUGAGUUUUCUCAAACUCCAUAGCUAAUUGUAGAUUUUGGAAGUUGUUUUCAUAUUCUUUGAUCUUGUAUUGUAGGUUUUCUUUUUCCUCUUUAACAAAAUUUAGAUCAUUUAUGGCUACUUCAUAACGUUCAGUAAUAUUUUUCACUUCUUCAUCUAUGAGGUUCUUUUGUACUUCAAACUCAGUAAUAGUUGAUUUCAAAUUAUUAUUUUCGUCCUGAAGGGCAUUUAAUUCUGAAUUUAAUUUGUCAUAUUUUUCCACACCUACUUUCAGUUCUUUCUGCAACUUAUUAUUUUCUUGUUUUAAUUCAUUCAGUUUGUUAUUAUUAGAAUUAGUUUCGCAAUGUGAAAUGUUGUUGAAAGCAUAAUUAAUCUCCUUAGUUAAGGAUAUAAAUGCUUCAUUGUUGAUCGCUUGCAAUGACUUCGCCUCACUCGAAAUUACAAAGAUAAGUUUUCUUAAAUCCAGAAUUUCGUGUGCAAGCUUUACAAUACCUGCUUUCAUUUUGGUAUUUUUGACGACUUUUUCGUGCAUGACUGCAUUCUCGGAUUUCAAUUCAGUAACAACCUUACGGAACUCGAUAUUUUGAUUUUGUAAUAACUCAUGAUUUGCUAAUAGUUUUUCAAUUUCAGAUUGUAAUUUGAUCAAUUCAUCUCUUUCUUCUUGUAUUUCAGAUUCCAGUUUUGCAUACUUGUCUUUCCAUAUACUCAAUUCUUCAAGAACUUCAUCUUUCUUAGAGUCUUCUAAGGCUUGAUCCUUUAAGAUCUUUUCUUUUUUUUGAAGUUCCAUUUCUAAUUGUCCUAUCUGUGCACUUUUCUUUGCGUUUUCUUCACUUAGCUGUGUGUUCCUGUUUUCUAAGUAUGUGUUUCUAUCAAUCAUGGCUAAUUUUUCUGCAGUUUCUUGUUUCAUUUGUAACUGGAGACAUUUGUACCCUUCAUCUGCUUUUGUUUUAGUUUGUUCUAAAUUCUGACAUUUUUUGGUCAGCUCUUCUAUUUGGCCCUCCAAAUCAGAAAUCUUAGUUUUAAAUGAAUUCAGUUCAGAGUUAUCUUGACUUAGCUUCGUUUUUUCUGCUUCCAAUGAUAUAACAUUGUUUUUAUAGUCAUUUAUAACUAUAUUCAAGGAUUGUAUUUCUUUCUUGCUUGCCUCUAAGUAAUCUUUUAGGGAUUUAAUUUCUGAUUCCUUACUUUCUAACUCUUUAUGUAUACUCAAUUUGUUUUCUGCUAAAGAAAUAGCAUACUCUUCUUCUCUUUUACUAAAUACUUCAAUUUUACUGCGUAGUUCUGAUAUUUCUUCUUGAGCUUUUUGGAAGUCAACUUCUAAUGUUGAUAUUUCUCUCGUUUUAUUAAACUCAUACACGUUAAUUUUGUUCUGUAAUUCUUCAUUAAUAUUAUUUAAUUCCUGGAUUUUUUGUUUACUCUCUGCCAGUUGAUCUGAAAUGGCUUUCAGUUGUUCAAUUUCUUUGUUUUUGUUUUCAAGUUCAUUUGCCAGAAUUUGUAUCUCAGUAGUGUUUUGAGAGUUUUUCUCUUUACUCAACUUCAAAGACUCUUUGUACUUAUUUAGUAGCUGUUCCAUUUUUUCUAUUUUAUUAUUCAAUGCGAUUAUUUCUGCUGAGGAUUCUUCACUAAUUUGAUUUCCUUCCUUAUCAUUUGAUAGAUUUAUUAGCUGUACAUCACCAUCUCCUUCAGUCGAUUUAGUUUUAAUGUCAUUUUGAUCAUUACUAUUAGCAAUAUUUGAGUUACUUUGUAGUAAUUGGACUUUAGUAUUAAGUGCUUCAAUUUUCAUGCACUUUUCUUCAAUUUCAACACGAAGAGCUUUUUCUAGGUGGGCCUAUAAAGAAAAAAGGUAUAUCAAAUGUUGGUCAACCUCAUAACAGUAAGAGGAAGUGUUAUUUCAUACGAAUAUAACUUACCUUCGCGCUUUGUUCCAACGCACAUUGCUCUCGAAGUUCUGAUAUUCUUCUUAGGGCUUUAUCUUGAGUUUCAACCAAGACACUCUAAAAAUGCAA